UUGCAACUUUCAGCUCAAUUCCUGGGAAGACGAUCAAUUCUCAACAUCGACAAUGUCGUCACUUGUCAAUAUCGGACAAGUGCUUAAAGCAAGAAAAUCGACUUAUACCAUCGUCAAAGAGCUUCACAGGGCCCUAGAUGAAGCCGCUGUACAUUUGGCCAACAUCCGGAAUCACUGGCGUUUACAAAACGAGGCCGAUAUUCUUAAACGCUACCAGUCAAAGACUACGUUCCUUCGUCCCCUUAUCGACGAGAUACAGGAGCCAGGCGAUCCGCCUUCCAUCGUCCUGAAGCAUUUGGACGGCGAGCUUCUCACUGAGUCGAAAAAGAAGCGACUAACACGGCCGGAAAUCAAGCAUGUCGCCAAGUGCAUGCUUGAGGCACUACGUGUUCUCCAUAAGGAUGGCAUGGUUCACACAGAUGUGAAACUUGACAAUGUGUUCGUCAAUCACGGUCAAGGCGAUCAACGCUUUUCAGAUAUCCAACUUGGUGAUUGUGGGGGUGCCGUCUCUCAAGAUUCGAAAUUCGCCAGAGAGGGUCACCUUAUCGGCGCUGCUUUCACGCGCAGCCCUGAAGCAAUGUUGCAACUUCAUUGGGGCACACCAACAGAUAUAUGGUCAUUUGGUAAUGCGAUUCUCAGUCUUGUUCACGGUGGAGGUUACCACCAUUUCGAUCCUGGCUGGGAAGGAGUGAAACAGAGUGAUGAUGAGUACGAGUAUACGGUUCUGAAGCGAAUGUACAACUCCUUCGGCCCAUUUCCGCCGAAGAUAGUCGACAUCAUUGAUGAAGACACGUUCAAAAUUAUCUACUUCAUCACCACCCAGGGGCCUCCUCAAAAGCCACUGGAUCGAUGGUCGGUCAAUGAGAUUCCUGUCGCCGAUAGAAAUUUUUUGAAGCGAAUCUUAAAGCUGGAUCCCCGGGACAGGCCGACAGCAGAGGAGAUCCUGCGAGAUGAAUGGUUCACGGAGCAGUCGGAAGACACCCGGAGUCCGGAGAGAACGAAGCCCGCGCCAUCUGCAGAGGCAAAGCUGUCAGAGGGAUAGACAAGUAGCGGGCCACCUUCUUCAACUGUCGAACAGCCUGGUUAAUGUUUGGUUAUGUACUGCACGAGCGAGUUCGUUUCUUGUUAGGCAACCUGAACCACCGAACAGGUCAAACCCAACUCGGCUGCCCAAGCUUUGCAAUAUUGACCCAGGGCUGCGGCCAGCUGCAAUUUUCUCCAGUAUGUAAUGAUAUAUAUUUCACUGGGUGGCCGUAUAUACUCAAAUGCGUAAGCCAAAUACAUAGAAUACUUAUACCUGACACCUCGGAGGCUUUCUUUUUUGCUUCUUGUUGCCUGCAACCCGCUACCCCAAGUCGACUGAUAAUUGCCGCUAAUGGUCCAGCUUGAGCGAAAAGUCUACAUGAGGAACACCCUGAUGUAUGGAGCUCGUAGAUAUGAUGUCGAUAUCAUUGCACACAUAUGGCUCCACAUUGUUGAUGGUCAAACCACCCGAAAUCUCCAACAGGAAAUGCCUCUUGCCCGCCCAGCGCUGCUUGAUGCUAGCCGCCGAGGUCUUGACCUGACCGGGCGUGAAAUUAUCCAGCAUGACCACAUCAGCGCCAGCGUCGAUAGCCUCGUCGGCCUCGGCCUCGCUCUGCACCUCGACCUCGACCUUGACGCUGAAGCCCGCGGCGGCCUUGGCGACGCCCACAGCGUCCUUGAUGCUCCCACGCGACCACACGUGGUUGUCCUUGAGCAUAACCAUACUGCUCAGGUCCAUGCGGUGGGCGUCGGCCCCGCCAACCAACAUGCCGUACUUUUCCACCAACCGGAAACCCGGUGUGGUCUUGCGGGUGCCGGCGACCCUGCCCUGGAAGCCGGCCUCGCGCAUUGCCGAGACGAGCUUGUGGGACGCCGUCGCGACGCCAGAGCACCGCGCGAGGAUGUUGAGCGCCACGCGCUCGCCGAGCAGGAUCCCGCGGACCGGGCCCGUAACGACCGCGACCUUGACCUUGCCGCCGGAUCCGUCGGAGGACCAAGGAUCCAGGUUCGAGCCCUCGGGGAAGCCCCACUCGACGGUGCAGCCGCAUUGGGUAAAGACCUCGUCAAAAAACGGCCGUCCGGCCAGGACGCCGGGGCUCUUGCACAGCAGGGUGGCGGUGCGCUGCUUGUCGCCCACGACGAAGCCGCCGUAGUCGAACGACGGCGUGUCCUCGGCCAGCCAGGCUGUGAUCUGAGGCUUCCAUGAUGGAGGGAGCAGGUGCGCCGGGUCACCUUUGAGGGUGAGCUGGUCGGUGGCUGCCAUGGUGGGUUGCUGUGGGUGUGAUGGAGAGUUUAAUAAGGGACUUAAAAUAGGAAAUCGAACAAGAGUAACAACUUUGAUGUACACGGAAAUAUAAAUUUCUAAAAAAAAAAGUGGCUUCUGGUCGGGAUGGGUUUGAAUGUGUUCCAGAUAGAACUUAGCGUGAUUGGUUCUGCAGGUCAAUGUAUGCAAGAUGGUGUCUCAUGGUACAUGGACGAGGUUAACUCUGGUGUUGGAAAGGAACGAAAUCAUCCAAUGAUGUAAGAGUCAAUAAUGAGGGGCUACUCCGUCGUUAACCGUAACGUCUGUCAAUGGAAAUCAGACAGACGUGGGGCAAAAGUGUAAAUUCGAGCACCCUAACCCUUCCCAAGUUG